AUGACGUCAUUAGCCGCGCGACCAGGUCUUCGAUAACUAUCAAUUAUCAAAUGGUUGACCUCUUCUGUCCACCUUUCCCUCCCUACAUCAACCCUACCGAUUAAGGUAGCGCCAACGCGCCAGCUUUCCAUCCAGUUUGGCAGCGAGACGCGUCCACGUUCGUUGUUCCCACUAUCUCCCCCUCCUCCCCCGCACACUCCCUCGUUGAGCACACAGUACACACCUAUCCAUCUUCCGACAGUCCCGACCAGUCUUGUGCUCCGACUCCGGCCCAAAAGCAUGCCCGAAGCAUCCGCCCUCCUCUGCAUCCUCCUCUUGGCGACCGCGCGCUGUGACCGCGGGCGCAUCAUGGAUGACCGCGGACCGGACGUGGGACGCGGAGGACGCGCCGAAGGAUCCCCGCCGGAUGGAAGCGAGGACUCUGAUGUCUCCCCACGCUUGAGAAGAGCGCUGUCCAGAGACAAACAAAUGUCCCUGCAAAGCAGCUCGUUCGUGCUCAAGGGAGAUGCGACGCACAACCAGGCGAUGGUCCACUGGACGGGCGAGAACAGCAGCGUCAUUCUCAUUCUGACCAAGUACUACCACGCUGACUCGACCAAGGUGCUGGAGAGCUCUCUGUGGAGGUCCACCGACUAUGGCACCACCUACACAAAACUCAACCUGAUGCCGGGGACCACCGUCGUAGUGAGCAGCUUCUACAUCUGCCCGACCAACAAAAAGAAGGUGGUCCUUGUGGGCUCCUCCGUUAACGAACGGGACCAAAUGCUGUUCAUCAGCACCGACGAGGGCACCUCCUUCCAGCGGCAGACCGUCUUCUUCACCCCCGACACGCUCAUCUUCCACCCCAAGGAGGAGGACAAGCUCCUGGCCUACUGCAAGGACGGACGGCUCUUUGCAUCCACAGAUUUGGGCCGGAAGUGGACGUUGCUUCAGGAGCGAGUGACCAAGGACAGAGUAUUCUGGUUCGUGCCGGAUGUGGAUGCAGACCCCGAUUUGGUGCACAUGGAGAUGCAGGACACAAGUGGAGGCUACCUGUAUGUCACCUGCCUAAUCCAGAACUGCUCUGAUAAACUGGUGACUGCUCAGUUCUUGGGUAAAAUCGACCACAAUUCUCUGUCGGUGCAGGGCGACUACGUUUUUGUCAAGGUGACUACAGGGAAUCGCACCAAGCACUACGUGUCGUAUCGACGCAACGAGUUUGUACAGAUGAAGUUUCCCAAGUAUGCAUUGCCAAAGGAUGUUCACAUAGUGAGCACAGACGAGCAGCAGGUUUUCCUGGCUUUGCAGGAAUGGUAUCAGACGGAUACUUACAACCUUUACCAGUCGGACCCACGCGGGGUGUACUACUCCAUCGUCUUGGAAAACGUCCGAAGCACCAAGCAACCGGAGGAGUCGGUACUUAUUGACAUCCUGGAGGUCCGAGGGAUCAAAGGAGUCUUCCUGGCCAAUCAGCGGCUGGACGGCAAGGUGAGAACCCUCAUCACCUACAACAAAGGACGCGAUUGGCAGCCUUUGACCCCGCCCGCCACUGAUCUGAACGGCAAAAGCAUCACCUGCAAAGCGCCGGAAUGCCAUCUCCAUUUGCACCUGCGUUGGGCAGACAACCCCUACGUGUCCGGUACUGUCCACACAAAAGACUCUGCUCCGGGUCUUAUUAUGGGAGCUGGUAACCUUGGCUCCAAGCUGGUGGAGUACAAGGAAGAAAUGUACAUCACGUCUGACUGCGGGAAGACAUGGAGACAGGUUUUUGAAGAGGAGCAUCACAUCCUGUACCUGGACCACGGUGGGGUGAUAGUGGCCAUCAAAGACACUUCCAUUCCACUCAAAAUACUCAAGUUCAGUAUCGACGAGGGACACACAUGGACUGUCCACAACUUCACCAGCACCUCAGUCUUUGUCGACGGACUCCUGAGCGAGCCGGGGGACGAGACCUUGGUGAUGACUGUGUUCGGCCACAUCAGCUAUAGGUCCGACUGGGAGCUGGUCAAAGUGGACUUCCGCCAGUCUUUCCCUCGACAGUGUACAGAGGCCGACUACGAGUCAUGGCAGCUGACAGACUCGCAGGGUGAAAAAUGCAUCAUGGGCCAAGAGCGUCAAUUCCGACGGAGAAAGGACACCGCUUUCUGCGUCAAAGGGAAGAGCUAUACCUCGGCUCUCGAGACGAAAGCUUGCCAGUGCACCGAGCGCGACUUUAACUGCGACUACGGUUUCGAGCGAUCCCGAGCAGAAAGCGGACAAUGCUUGGCUGACUUUUGGCAUCAUCCCGAUUCGCCGCCGGACAACUGCCAUCCGGGACAAACUUUCGAGUCCAGUACUGGGUAUCGCAAGGUGGUGUCUAAUGUGUGCGAGGGGGGGUUGAACAAGGAGCAGAGUUCCAGACAAAGCAACUGCCCUCUGCUGCCCCCUAGAGGGCUGCGAGUAGGCAUCAAAGGGCAAAUGCUGGCUGUAGCCCCUGGUGAUGACAUCACAUUCAUCGUGCAUCAGGAGGAGGGCGACACUAGCAGCACCAAGUACCAGGUGGAUCUAGGCGACGGCUUUCGGGCUAUUUAUCGGAACCUGACUGUUACCGAUGAGCCCAUCCAGCACCGCUACGAAAACGCGGGCGUUUACAAAGUUUCCGUGCAAGCGGAGAACACGGCGGGUCACGACGAGGCCAGCAUGUACAUUCAGGUCACAGCACCUUUGCAAGAAGUGCACCUGGAAGUCAUCCCCAUCGCCGGGAGAAACCACCUGGUCAACCUGACGGCUGUCGUCCUUCCUGCCGAGGCCAACCUGACUGUCUUCUACUGGUGGAUUGGAGACAGCCUGCAGCCAAAGUUGACUCUGCACAACAGCAUGCUGACGAGUUUCCCGGAAGCGGGCGAGAUUUCAGUGAGCGUCCAAGUCUCCAACGGGAGAUCCAUGGUGCAGGAUACCAGAAUAGUCCGCGUCUACGAAAACUUCCACGUCAUCCCUCUUAGCUUCAGCGGGCACCUAGACCGCCUCAAUCCCAACAUUCCCGAGUGGCGGGAGGACGUGGGUCAAGUCGUCACUAAGAUACUCGCCAAGGUCACAGGUGUGCCCCAGGACUCCCUGGUCACCGUGGUGAAGGCCGGCCUCCCCACCAUCGCCGACCUGUACGUCCUACCAAUGGAGAGCACGCCAGAGAAGCGAAGUGUAUUUCAAAAUAAGCGUAUUUCGACCAUCAUGCAAGCUUUCAAAGACAACAACGUCAGCUUUUCUGUGCGAGGAGGUCUCCGGGUUCUUGUGCUUCUAGCGGACCCAAACGCAGGGCUAGGUCUAAAUCCUGUCAACUCCACAGCAAAAGCGACAGAGAUUGGUCACGGAACUCCCGGUGGUCCCGGCGUCUGGGCUGUCGCCGUCAUUUUCUUCAUCAGCAUCGCAGCAACGGCCUCCUUUAUUCUCUACAAGUUCAAGAGUCCUUGGCUCAGGACUGAGGAGGUCUAUCCCCCUCUGUUUUUCAGGAAAUUGCCAGGCAGCCGCAGCGUCUACGCCCAGAUGCACAACGAGAAGGAGCAGGAGAUGACCAGUCCCGUCAAUCACAGCGAGGACACGCAGCACAUCAUUCAGGGUGAGGAGUUCAUCGACGACGACUUGGACUCGCAGACGCUAGGUAAUGCGGGAGGUAGCCCCGCCUUCCGAUCCCUUAUACGGACGACCACUAACCACUGCUACUAAACACCGCACAAAAACACACGCCAAGGCAACCAUUCAGGUGUGGUCCUGAGUGUGAACUCCAGAGAACUUCGCGGGUACCUGAGCAGCUGAUUGCUGCCAUGGCGACAGCUCUCGCCAACACAGGGAUUCCAUUCAGCCUUUGUCCUAACCGUCCCCUCAAAGGCCUCGGAAUCCGGUAGACGGACUCGCAGGUUCCACCCUUCUCACCAUGGUAACCACUCCCCUUGUCCCCCCUGAUUAUUUACAGAGGUCAAAACGGAAUUGUGAUGAAGGUCAGCAUCACGGUGGGAAGGUACUGUUCUCUUUUAGCCUAUAUUAGGCUCAGCGUGCAGUGGUAAGGGUUCGAUGUAACGUGUAAAUCUGAAUGUCCACUUUGUUUCACAUGUGUUUUUCACAGCAACGAUUUGUGUUGUUGUUGUUGUGUUUUUGUUUUUGUUUUAAGUGACCUUUUUGCAGUGGCAGACCAUUUGUUGCCUGGUCCUAACUUAAGGGUGCUAUGAAAUGGUGAAUAUGUCAAAAACUAAAAAUAACGGCAACAGGUUUUUUUCAGCAAUUCUGGUUGUGGCAUCACAACCAUAAUUGAUGAUCGUAUCAAGUUGUGUCGUGCUUUGCUAGCUAGUACACGUUGACAGAAUAACCGAACACUCACACGGCCCCAAGAGAUUAAAAAGACUACGGGUAGCACCCGGGCCGGGGCAGAGUGGCCUGGGAGUCACUGAAAAAAACCGACCCACUUCACGGACGGUGUUGGAAGCCAUCCAGCCAGCAACAGAGAUGUCCACUAGUAAUAUUCACUAACCUUGGUCAGAACUUAUUCAGAAUAAUGGAUUUACAGUUCCACAAAAAUGAGAACUGUAACUUGAUCAAAGUAUACAUGUAGGACUUUUAAUUCAAAUUUGCUUUAUAUUUGCAGAGUUAAAAAUGCAGUUUUGAGUAUGGGAGUCGUCAGAAAGGUCUACCACUAAUUUUCAUCAACCUUGGCCAGAACUUAUUCAGAAUUGUAGAUUUACAGUACCACAAAAAUGAGAACUGUAACCUGCUCAAAGUAUGCAUGUAGGACUUUUAAUUUAAAAAAUUCUAAAUUUUAAUACAGUAAAAAUGCAUGGUUUUGAGUAUGUGAGGAGUAAGAGAGGUCCACGACUAAUGUUCAUCAACCUUGGCCAGAACGUAUUCAGAAUUGUGGAUUUACUGUACCACAAAAAUGAGAACUGUAACCAGAUCAAAGUCCACAUAUAGGACUUUUAAUUCAAAUUUACUAUAUAUUUGCAGUGUUAAAAAUGCAGAGUUCUGAGUAUGGGAGUCGUCAGAGAGGUCUACUACUAAUAUUCACCAACCUUGGCCAGAACAUAUUCAGAAUUGUGGAUUCACAGUUCCACAAAAAUUAAAACUGUAGCCUGAUCAAAGUAUGCAUAUAGGACUUUAAUUAAAAUGAUCUAAAUAUUGGUACAAUAAAAAUCAAAUUUUGAGUAUGUGAGUGGUCAGGGAGGUCCACGACUAAUUUUUAUCAACCUUGACCCGAACUUAUUCAAAAUUCAAAAUUUGCAGUACCACAAAAAUGAGAACUGUAACCAGAUCAAGGUCCACAUGUAGGACUUUUAAUUUAAAUUUGUUAUAUAUUUACAGUUAAAAAUGCAUAGUUUUGAGUAUGCGAGUAGUCAGUGAGGUCCAAUACUAAUUUCCAUCAACCUUGGCCAGAACAUAUUCAGAAUUGUGGAUUCACAGAACCACAAAAAUGAGAACUGUAACCUGAUCAAAGUAUGCAUGUAGGACUUUAACAUUUUCUAAAUUUUGGUACAAUAAAAAUGAAGUUUUGAGUGCGUGAGUAGUCAGUGAGGUCCAAUAGUAAUUUCCAUCAACCUUGGCCCGAACAUAUUCAGAAUUGUGGAUUUACAGUACCACAAAAAUGAGAACUGUAACCAGAUCAAAGUCCACAUGUAGGGCUUUUAAUUCAUUCAUUCAUUCAUUCAUUCAUUCUUUUAAUUCAAAUUUGCUAUAUAUUUGCAGAGUUAGAAAUGCAUAGUUUUGAGUAUGGGAGUAGUCAGAAAGGUCUACUACAAAUAUUCACCAACCUUAGCCAGAACUUAUUCAGAAUUGUGGAUUCACAGUACCACAAAAAUGAGAACCGUAACCUGCUUAAAGUAUGCAUGCAGGCAAAUUUUCUAUAUUUUGGUACAGUUUUGAAUAUGUGAGGAGUCUGAGAGGUCCACGACUAAUUUUCAUCAACCUUGGCAAGAACUUAUUCAGAAUUGUGGAUUAACGGUACCACAAAAAUGAGAACUGUUACCAGAUCAAAGUCCACAUGUAGGACUUUUAAUUUAAAUUUGCUAUAUAUUUGCAGAGUUAGAAAUGCAGAGUUUUGAGUAUGGGAGUAGUCAGAAAGGCCAACUACAAAUAUUCACCAGCCUUGGCCAGAACUUAUUCAGAACUGUGGAUUUACAGUUCCACAAAAAUGAGAACUGUAACCUGAUCAAAGUAUGCAUGUAGGACUUUAAUUAACAUUUUCUAAAUUUUGGUACAAUAAAAAUUAAGGUUUUGAGUAUGUGAGUAGUCAGUGAGGUCCAAUACUAAUUUUCAUCAACCUUGGCCAUAACUUAUUCAGAAUUGUGGAUUCACAGUACCACAAAAACUGUUACCAGAUCAAGGUCCACAUGUAGGACUUUUAUGAACAUUUUCUAAAUUUUGGUGCAAUAAAGAGGAAGUUUUGAGAACAAGAGUAGUCAGUGAGAGUAGUCCGGGAGGUCCAAUACUAAUUUUCAUCUCUCUUGGCCAGAACAUAUUCAGAAUUGUGGAUUCACACUACCACAAAAAUGAGAACUGUAACCUGAUCAAAGUAUGCAUGUAGGACUUUAAUUGAAAUUGAAAUUUUGGUACAAUAAAAAUGACAUUUUGAGUAUGUGAGUAGUCAAGGAAGUCCAUGACUAAUUUUCAUUGACCUUGGCCAGAACUUAUUCAAAACUGUUCAUUUACAGUAGCACAAAAAUGAGAACUGUAUCCAGAUCAAGGUCCACAUUUAGGACUUUUAAUUUAAAUUUGCUAUAUACAGUAUUUACAGUUAAAAAAGCAUAGUUUUGAGUAUGCGAGUAGUCAGAAAGGUCUACUACAAAUAUUCACCAACCUUAGCCAGAACUUAUUCAGAAUUGUGGAUUCACAGUACCACAAAAAUGAGAACCGUAACCUGCUCAAAGUAUGCAUGAAGGCAAAUUUUCUAUAUUUUGGUACAGUAAAAAUGCAUGGUUUUGAAUAUGUGAGGAGUCUGAGAGGUCCACGACUAAUUUUCAUCAACCUUGGCAAGAACUUAUUCAGAAUUGUGAAUUAACGGUACCACAAAAAUGAGAACUGUAACCUGAUCAAAGUAUGCAUGUAGGACUUUUAAUUUAAAUUUGCUAUAUAUUUGCAGAGUUAGAAAUGCAGAGUUUUGAGUAUGGGAGUAGACAGAAAGGCCUACUACAAAUAUUCACCAGCCUUGGCCAGAACAUAUUCAGAACUGUGGAUUUACAGUUCCACAAAAAUGAGAACUGUAACCUGAUCAAAGUAUGCAUGUAGGACUUUAAUUAACAUUUUCUAAAUUUUGGUACAAUAAAAAUUAAGGUUUUGAGUAUGUGAGUAGUCAGUGAGGUCCAAUACUAAUUUUCAUCAACCUUGGCCAUAACUUAUUCAGAAUUGUGGAUUCACAGUACCACAAAAACUGUUACCAGAUCAAGGUCCACAUGUAGGACUUUUAUGAACAUUUUCUAAAUUUUGGUGCAAUAAAGAGGAAGUUUUGAGAACAAGAGUAGUCAGUGAGAGUAGUCCGGGAGGUCCAAUACUAAUUUUCAUCUCUCUUGGCCAGAACAUAUUCAGAAUUGUGGAUUCACACUACCACAAAAAUGAGAACUGUAACCUGAUCAAAGUAUGCAUGUAGGACUUUAAUUGAAAUUGAAAUUUUGGUACAAUAAAAAUGACAUUUUGAGUAUGUGAGUAGUCAAGGAAGUCCAUGACUAAUUUUCAUUGACCUUGGCCAGAACUUAUUCAAAACUGUUCAUUUACAGUAGCACAAAAAUGAGAACUGUAUCCAGAUCAAGGUCCACAUUUAGGACUUUUAAUUUAAAUUUGCUAUAUACAGUAUUUACAGUUAAAAAAGCAUAGUUUUGAGUAUGCGAGUAGUCAGAAAGGUCUACUACAAAUAUUCACCAACCUUAGCCAGAACUUAUUCAGAAUUGUGGAUUCACAGUACCACAAAAAUGAGAACCGUAACCUGCUCAAAGUAUGCAUGAAGGCAAAUUUUCUAUAUUUUGGUACAGUAAAAAUGCAUGGUUUUGAAUAUGUGAGGAGUCUGAGAGGUCCACGACUAAUUUUCAUCAACCUUGGCAAGAACUUAUUCAGAAUUGUGAAUUAACGGUACCACAAAAAUGAGAACUGUAACCUGAUCAAAGUAUGCAUGUAGGACUUUUAAUUUAAAUUUGCUAUAUAUUUGCAGAGUUAGAAAUGCAGAGUUUUGAGUAUGGGAGUAGACAGAAAGGCCUACUACAAAUAUUCACCAGCCUUGGCCAGAACAUAUUCAGAACUGUGGAUUUACAGUUCCACAAAAAUGAAAACUGUAACCUGAUCAAAGUAUGCAUGUAGGACUUUAAUUAACAUUUUCUUAAUUUUGGUACAAUAAAAAUGAAGUUUUUUGUACGUGAGUUCUCAGUGAGGUCCAAUACUAAUUUUCAUCAACCUUGACCCGAACUUAUUCAAAAUUCAAAAUUUGCAGUACCACAAAAAUGAGAACUGUAACCAGAUCAAGGUCCACAUGUAGGACUUUUAAUUUAAAUUUGCUAUAUAUUUGCAGAGUUAGAAAUGCAGAGUUUUGAGUAUGGGAGUAGACAGAAAGGCCUACUACAAAUAUUCACCAGCCUUGGCCAGAACAUAUUCAGAACUGUGGAUUUACAGUUCCACAAAAAUGAAAACUGUAACCUGAUCAAAGUAUGCAUGUAGGACUUUAAUGAACAUUUUCUUAAUUUUGGUACAAUAAAAAUGAAGUUUUUUUGUACGUGAGUUCUCAGUGAGGUCCAAUACUAAUUUUCAUCAACCUUGGCCAGAACUUAUUCAGAAUUGUGGAUUUACAGUACCACAAAAAUGAGAACUGUUACCAGAUCAAGGUCCACAUGGAGGACUUUUAUGAACAUUUUCUAAAUUUUGGUGCAAUAAAGAGGAAGUUUUGAGAACAAGAGUAGUCAGUGAGAGUAGUCCGGGAGGUCCAAUACUAAGUUUCAUCUCUCUUGGCCAGAACAUAUUCAGAAUUGUGGAUUCACACUACCACAAAAAUGAGAACUGUAACCUGAUCAAAGUAUGCAUGUAGGACUUUAAUUGAAAUUUAAAUUUUGGUACAAUAAAAAUGACAUUUUGAGUAUGUGAGUAGUCAAGGAAGUCCACGACUAAUUUUCAUCAACCUUGGCCAGAACUUAUUCAAAACUGUUCAUUUACAGUAGCACAAAAAUGAGAACUGUAUCCAGAUCAAGGUCCACAUUUAAGACUUUUAAUUUAAAUUUGCUAUAUACAGUAUUUACAGUUAAAAAAGCAUAGUUUUGAGUAUGCGAGUAGUCAGAAAGGUCUACUACAAAUAUUCACCAACCUUAGCCAGAACUUAUUCAGAAUUGUGGAUUCACAGUACCACAAAAAUGAGAACUGUUACCAGAUCAAGGUCCACAUGGAGGACUUUUAUGAACAUUUUCUAAAUUUUGGUGCAACAAAGAGGAAGUUUUGAGAACAAGAGUAGUCAGUGAGAGUAGUCAGGGAGGUCCAAUACUAAUUUUCAUCAACCUUGGCCAGAACUUAUUCAAAAUUGUGGAUUUACAGUGCCACAAAAAUGAGAACUUUAACCUACCAUCUACUAAAUUGACUCAUUGCUCAGGGGAAGCGCGUAUUAGUGUACUGACAUGACCGCGCACUUACCCAACAUGUAGAUGGAGCGGUUUUAAGAUCAGGCGACUUUGUUUCAUUUUUAAAUUAUGACAAUAGUGGCAUUAUAUAUUUCAGUGUGUUGCGAGCACACGGAAGUCAACUGACUUGCCGCUCACAAUGCUUGGAAAUCUCCGGUAUUCCAAUUCACCCAUGGGUAGCACGCUAGCACACUGCAAAAAUCUACAGCUUUUUUUAGUGGGCAGGGCUAACAACUGAGAAAGCAAGACUAAUGAGGAUUCAUUAUUGAAUCUUUCAACGCCAAAGUUGCUGAUUUAUCAAGCCAGAGCUGCAACUGCAGUGCCUCGUGUAGUUAUGUUUUUGCACCAAAAGAUGGCGGACAUCUGCCAUUUCAACCUGCAGAUCAUCUGUGGGCGUGUUUUCAUUCAAGGUUUCAUUGCGUUUGAAAACCACGCCCCUUAAAAUUUAGCAUGUCGAGAGGAUUUUUUACCAUUGGAAAAAGUACUUUGUCAUUGUGACUCAGAUUCUGAAGAUGAUGAUCAGUCGUCCACAGAGACAAAAAGUGUCGCAACACAGCCAAAAUAUGGUCUUGCUAUUUCAUAGCACCUUUAAGAUACCACUACUUAUUACCUUGUAAUGAAAUCACAACUAGUCAAAGGCCCUGAACAGAUUCAAUUCUCAUGGCAACACUUCUGAUAGGACAAUAAAACCUUACAUGUUCUGGGCAAAACCUACCAAACGAAAAUCGAGAAUAACUACGAAUUAGGUCGCCACUGCUUCUUGAGUUGAACAAAGCACUUCCUCUUACUCUUGUAUUUUAUUUGCCACUAAGUAACAUUUUUAUCUGGGAAGCACUGGGAAUUACGUCAUCCCAUUUUGAUACAGUUGCGGUGAAUAUGAUGAAUAUGGCUAUUUUUUUAUGCACUUGUUGUAGUAUAUCUCUGUCAACACUUUUUGGGAAAACUCCCCACUAUGUGUGGCUGCACUAAUGUUAUAAAACUUGUCAAAUGUGUUUGGAAACCUUCAGGAGAUGAAAGCUGUCGAUUCAAUGUAGUUCCUAAUUGAUGAGUUUCCCAAGACCUUUGCUAGCAGAGCAGUAAAAUCAGUUAUGUUUUUUGUACAUAUUUUUCUGCUUGCCCUUUUGUUUUUUUCGUACUGUGUCAUUGCCCCCAUUUGGCAAGGGGAACAUGGGAAUAAUGGACUUCUUGCAAGGAUAUUCACAUGUGACGGCAACGCCUAACUACCAAGCACAGUUUCUCCACUUUGAUGAUUUGUACGGACUGAUUUGCUAUUAAAAUGACCUAAAAGUUCUCAUCGGGAAGCACAGAGCACCCCUUCUGGAAUA